CCAGCAUUUAAACCUCAAGUGAACUCGGUGGCUGCAAACAAUACGGCACCUGUAUCUCCCUAUACCGGGGGUUUCUAUAGAGCCGCCAAUUAUAGAGGUAUGGGUGCCGGUGGUUAUGGUGCCCCAAACCAGCCCUAUUAUCACAAUAAUAACGGACCUGGAUACAACAGUCCCGGAUAUAACAGCCCUAAUAAUGGACCUGGUUACUACAAUAAUGGAUAUGGCGGUAAUGGUAAUAACGGAUAUAAUAACGGACCUGGUGGUUAUGGACCUGGAAUCAAAACCUUAGAUAUAGUGAACCUGUUAAUUGCGGCUAAAUUUGAGGAGGCUCAGUGCGAGGGUAGUAGCAAGGCCAAUUUCACGGCACUCCUACUGAUUGAUAGGCAAAAGUUUUGCGCCAAACAGACCAUCGUUGACAACAGUGUCAACACAUUGACGGAAAAGAUUGCCAAUCAGUUGAUUGUGAAUGAGUUGCUGUACGUAGUGACCCUGGUCAACAGAGCGAAUGGUCAUUUCGUGAUCGACAUACUGGCGUACGUCAUCAGGGGUCCCAACUCGGUGGAGGGAAAGUAUGUCUAUUUCCGGAUAUUUGUGAAGGAGCAGCAAGUAUUCCGAAAGUGUUCCAGCUUUUUGGACUCGUCAAACAUCAAGGUGGAAAGCAUAAUCGUCAUGAUUGUCGAGCUG